AUGGGGCUAUCCAAAACGAACAGGAUCUUGAUCUUGCUGGUCAUCGAUACAGCAUUUUUCUUACUUGAAUUAAUCACUGGUUAUGCCGUCCACUCCCUUGCGCUCGUCGCCGAUUCCUUCCACAUGUUGAAUGAUGUCUUGUCCCUGUGUGUCGGAUUAUGGGCCGUGAAGGUGGCGAACCGCGAGACCAGCUCCAACACUUACACCUAUGGCUGGCAACGAGCGGAGACACUUGGUGCCUUGGUAAAUGGUGUAUUCCUAGUCGCCCUGUGCAUGUCGAUCUUCUUGGAGGCGACUCAGCGAUUGUUUGAACCCCAGGAAGUGCAGAACCCCCGAUUCGUCUGCAUUGUUGGCUGCUUCGGCCUAGCUUCCAAUAUCAUUGGAUUGGCGCUAUUCCAUGACCACUCCCACGGACCCGGCGGCGGCCACGACCACGGCCACAGUCACGAUCACGAUCACGACGACCAUGAUCAUGACAUCGAGGCUGGAGGUGACCAUGAUCACGAUCAUGACCACACACCGGUCACUGAUCAGAGUGAGAGCAUGGCGGGCGCUACUGCUGGCUUUGGCAAACCCGCAAGCUUGCCUCAAACCUCCAUCACCCACUCUACCACAGAGCCAUCCCGAAAACGGAACGACACCCAAGCCCGCCCAAGGAUAUACAGUACUUCGGCCCGUGGAUUUGUGAGCCCCGACGAUAUUCCCGUGCUUCCAGAGAGACUGAGACAAGGGAUCAUUGCGGCCAGCCAAUACCGAAAUGAACAAUCAUCGGAUUCAGAGAAUGGCCAUGACGAGGAUGAGAUUCCGUCUGAGCGCUCAGGUCUUCUGAGCCACCGCGAUCGCACUACCAACUACACUGACGAGGAAGGAGCUCCGAUCCACGUCCACAAGCCCCGCGAUGAAGAUGUCCACAAAUCUCAUAAUCAUGCUCAGCCUAAGCCGAAGGACCAAAAGAAGGGCCACAGUCACGACCUCAACAUGCGUGGUGUCUUCCUUCAUGUUAUGGGAGACGCCCUUGGAAAUAUUGGUGUGAUCGUUUCCGCGCUUGUUAUCUGGCUGACUGACUAUAAAUGGCGCUUUUACGUCGACCCAGGCAUUUCCCUCGUUAUCACACUGAUCAUUCUUGCAUCCGCUAUUCCAUUGUGCAAAGCCGCCUCUCGUAUCCUUCUUCAAGCCGUGCCCGCCGGUAUGAGCAUUGAUCACAUCAAGGAGGAUAUUGAGGGUCUUCCUGGUGUCAUUGGCUCACACCAUCUGCACGUUUGGCAGCUCAGCGAUACCAAGAUUGUUGCUUCAAUCCAUCUUCAAGUGGACACCGAAAUCAAGGGUGAAGGCUCGGAGAGGUAUAUGCGUCUGGCCAGACAGGUGAGGCGCUGUCUCCAUGCCUACGGUAUUCACUCUUCGACUAUCCAACCUGAGUUUGCGCCGGAAAGUGAUACCGAAGAAAAUGGACAACCAUCAUCCUCUCGGGACACCGAUGACCAUGUUCCUAGCCGAGCUGCCAGUGUUCGGGAGGGUGACCCUCAAGCAUGCCUUCUGGAGUGUGACGAGAACUGCGCCCGCGGAGGCCAGUGUUGCCCUAAGAAGUGA